AUGGGCCUUUUAAUCUCAAAGUGUCCCGUGACCCUCUUUAGCUUGACUACUCUGGCCAGCCGCUGGAGAACUGUUCGCCACGAACGGCGACUUCGGCUCAGUUUCCGCAGGUCAGAGGCUCACCUGGGCCGCGUAUCGGCAAUCCCCAUCCUCUUCAGACUUCAAUAUGGGGCGGCGACCCAAAAGAACGGUAGCGUGGGUCGAUCUCAUGAGCCAGGGAGAGAGACGGCAGAGGAUGCCCUUCGAGAAGCGCUCAAGAGCCCCUAA